AUGGAGCCGGGACCCUUCGACAACAGAGAGAUGCUUUAUCUACAGCAUGAGCAUAGGUCCCAGUAUGUAUGGGAUGCACCGGUAUCCUCUAGUAGAGUGGUCCGUAUCUGUUUGGGGGAGUCAGCAUGGGAUAUUCUAGAGGCUAUUCCCCCACAUCCUCGUGUCAUAGAUAUACUACGUCGGGGCGGUAUCUACCGGUGCAUCGAGGUUGGUCGGCUUGUGCACGAUAGGGCUCUAGUGACGGCCAUAAUUAAGCGCUGGCGACCGGAGACCCAUAUAUUUCAUCUCGGCAUUGGCGAGGCUACCAUCACCCUGCAGGAUGUCGAGGUGAUUUAUGGUCUACAGAUUGAUGGACAGGCAUUGUAUAGAGUGGAGCCUCUGGAGAUGUUGCCGUAUCGCCAGGAGAUGGCUAGGCUCACUGGUUUCGAGCCUCUGCAGGGGGAUAUGUGUGGACGGAGUCAGUUGUUGCGGUCCUCCCUCCAUGCUCACUUGCGCCUCGUAGAUCUGCAGCAUCCGAUUGGCGACGCGAUGCUACAGGCUGAUGUUGACCGACGUGCUCGUUUAUAUCUUCUCAUCAUAUUCGGGGGCAUCAUGUUCCCGAACACGUCGGGUGCGGAUAUAAGCAUUAGGUAUCUGCUCUUUAUUGAGGACCUAGAGCAGCUGGGAUGUUAUAGUUGGGGCGCCGCUGUCCUGGCUUACAUGUACAGAGGAUUUGAUCGAGCCUCUAUGGGCGAGAGAGUUGAGGUCGCUGCAUUUAGCCCUCUUCUUCAGAUAUGGGUGUUGACUAGGUUGAGACCUUUUCUGCCCAUAGCUGCUCACCCUCCCGAUGACUAUGUUGCUGAGGAUAUGCCAUACGCGCAGAGAUGGUCUCGAGGCCGUACCAGAGGUGUGGAGACGCACCAUGUCAUUCUCCCGUUUAGGGAUCAGUUAGACCGCAUAACGGCGCCCGAGUCUUUUAUUGUUAACUAG